GUGAACGGAGAGCACUACUCUGCGCCGCAAACACGUGAAAAACUAUUCAAAACAGACUGCUGAUUCAACAUGGACUUUACUGAGGUUCCUGCAAAUCAGGACGGGAAAAGUAAGAAAAAGAAGAAUAAGAAUUUAAAAAAGAAGAGUGCUAGUAAGGAGGGAAGCGGAGAGAGCAACGGAGUGGAGAAGAAAGACGAGGAGAAGAUGGAGAACAGCCAGGCGGCGGCGGCGUUUCCUCCAACAUUCAGCUCGUCUGAAAUCAAAAACAAGCAGCGAAGACACGUUAUGUUCAUGAAAUUCAAGCAGGAGAAAAGAAAGCAAAAGCUGCAAAUGAAGAAGAAAAGAAAGAAAGAAAGGGAGGCUUUAGGUGAUAAGGCACCACCAAAGGAAGUCCCCAAGACGAUAGAAAACCAGAGAGUCUAUGAUGAAACAACAGUCGACCCAGAAGAUGAAGAGGUUGCAUUUGAUGAAGGAACUGAUGAAUUUUCUGCCUACUUUAAUGGGCUGACGAACCCAAAAGUGCUCAUCACAACAUCAGACAGGCCAAGAGGGAGGACGGUGAGGUUUUGUGAGCAGCUGGCCACAAUAAUCCCAGAUUCCCACGUGUACUACAGAAAAGGUUUGGCGCUGAAGAGGAUCGUCCCCCAGUGCGUUGCCAGGAACUUCACCUACCUGAUGGUCAUCAACGAGGAUCGUCUAGUGCCAAAUGGUUUGGUUCUCUGUCAUCUUCCUGAUGGACCGACGGCACACUUCAAAGUCAGCAGCGUUCGACUACGCAAGGAAAUGAAGAGGCGAGGUAAAGAUCCAACAGAGCACUGUCCAGAAGUGAUCCUCAACAACUUUACCACCCGUCUGGGACACAGCAUCGGGCGGUUGUUCGCUGCUCUCUUUCCUCAAAACCCUCAGUUCGUUGGCCGACAGGUCGCUACUUUCCACAACCAGAGAGACUUUGUCUUUUUCAGAUUCCACAGGUACAUCUUCAAGAAUGAGAAGAAAGUUGGUAUUCAGGAGCUGGGACCUCGGUUCACUCUCAAACUCCGGUCUCUGCAGAAGGGCACCUUUGACUCCAAGUAUGGAGAGUAUGAGUGGGUGUUGAAGCGCCAUGAGAUGGAUUCCUGCAGACGAAAGUUUCAGCUUUGAGUUGAGGACCGUUUCCAGUCAGAGGAGGAUGACUCUUUUAUUCAACAUACUGGACUUGCACAUGUUGACUUUAUAAUAUCCCAGAUUCUUUUAAGAAUACUUUGGGCAACAGUUAAGACUUGAAACCUCUUUUUUUGAUGAGAUAACUGGUAUAUAAAACAAAGUGCUGCCAAAGAGUCGUACUUUCCAUGUAAACAUUUUUUAUAAAGUUACAUCCACAGUUGCUGUCUCUCUCCACCCUUUAUCUGGGCUUGUCAGGGUUAAGUUAAAGUUGAACGAGUGGGAAAUAAGAGACAAGACACAUAGGGUACAGACUCUGUGUUUGAGGUCAAAAUUAAAUAGCCUAAAAGCAGUUUCAAGAGUCUAAUGCUGAUCUUUGGAGCUGAUUGGGAUCAUACAUUAGUUUUCAGGACAGCUACCAGACUUGAGUCAAAUCUGGAUAUGUGCAUUCUGUUUAUUUUGAUAAUGUCAGGGGGAAAAAAAGAACCCACCACUUUGAUCACUUAUUGUAAAAAUAGUUAAAUAAAAACAUGAACCACAGUUUUAAAUCCAGUCCAGGUAUAUCAAUGUCUGCUAAUGUGUAUUUUAACAUUGGUAAACAUGUUCUUUUGUGCAGGCGUGGGAAAAUAUACAGUUGUGUUCAAAAUAAUAGCAGUCCAACAUGAAUUACCUGUUUUUGGUAGAAAUUAUAUUACUGCAUGGCAAAUAAUUUACCAGUUGCUGUAGUAGGGUCAUAAAACCAACAGAGCCAACAUUCAUGAUAUGUAUGCUCCUCAGUCUGUGUAAUUGAAUAAUGAAUUGAAGUUGCGUGUUCAAAAAAAUUGCAGUGUGGAGUUCAAUUAGUGAAGUCAUUCAAUCUGUGAAAAAACAGGUGUCAAUCAGGUGGCCCUUAUUUAAGGAUGAAUCCAGCACAUGUUGCUCAUGCAUUUCUCUCUGAAAACCUGAGAAAAAUGGGUCAUUCCAGACAUUGUUCAGAAGAAAAACGUACUUUGAUUAAAAUGUUGAUUAAUGAAGGGAAAACGUAUAAA